GACUGAGCUUGGUAAUUGAGAGAGGCAGGCCUGUACUCUGAAAAAGAAAUGGAAGUUGGUAAAAUGUAAAUGGAGGCAGUGCUUUUCUGCAGCUCUACAGUUUGAAGAUGUGAAAGGUGAAGCAGUUCUUACAAAUCACACCACAACCUGAAUAAAGUUGCAUUUCUUACCGAGGGGAAGGGCCAUAGCGCAGUGGUAGAAGAGCUUCUGCUUUGCAUGCAGCGGGUCCCAGGUCCAAUCCCUGGCAGCAUCUACAGGUGGUUGGGAAGGAAAGACACUCCGUGGAGUCGACUUAGGAUAGGAUAAGGUAUAAAGCUGCAAUCCUAUGCAGGCUUGGAUUUGGGAGUAAAGUCCAGUGGAAUUCGAAGAGUUGCAGCCCUGGCCUAUGCCUGUUUAUUCUGAGGAUGCUGAGCCCCCUUGGAUGCUUUUGAUGAAGCAACAACAGCGAAAUUUCAUCAGACUGCUCCUCGUUCCAGCCUCAGGCGAUUACUGAAAUGCUCCAGGAGAAAAGUUUGUCUGAACCGGAGGAUGGAUUCACUGCUGCUCAGGCACCUGGCCAUGCUGAAACCACUACGGGUUCCCCAGUUCUUGGUGUAGCAGGAGUCAGCAGCACGCCUCUGAGCAGUCCCCAGGGCACAGAUCCAGAGCAGACCAUUGAGAACAUCAAGGUGUACCUGCAUGAGAAAGAGCUAUGGAAGAAAUUUCACGAAGCUGGCACAGAAAUGAUCAUUACUAAAGCUGGAAGGAGGAUGUUUCCUAGUUACAAAGUGAAGGUCACAGGGAUGAACCCCAAGACCAAGUACAUCUUGUUGAUCGAUAUUGUCCCAGCAGAUGAUCAUCGGUACAAAUUCUGCGACAACAAAUGGAUGGUGGCGGGUAAGGCUGAGCCUGCAAUGCCUGGCCGAUUGUAUGUUCACCCAGACUCACCUGCCACAGGAGCCCAUUGGAUGCGCCAGUUGGUGUCGUUUCAGAAGCUAAAGCUCACCAACAACCACCUGGAUCCCUUCGGACACAUCAUUCUUAAUUCAAUGCACAAAUACCAGCCGAGACUGCACAUUGUGAAAGCGGAUGAGAACAAUGCAUUUGGCUCCAAGAACACGGCUUUCUGCACCCAUGUGUUUCCAGAAACAUCCUUUAUAUCCGUGACAUCCUAUCAGAACCACAAGAUAACGCAGCUGAAGAUAGAAAACAACCCUUUUGCCAAGGGCUUUAGGGGAAGUGAUGACAGUGACCUACGGGUGGCAAGAUUACAAAGCAAAGAGUAUCCGGUGAUCUCCAAAACCAUCAUGAGGCAGAGGCUGGUGUCUGCUCAUGGUCAGCUUUCCACUAAGUCAGACGUCAACUCGCUCCACGGGGGGCACCAGGGUCUCCAGCACUACCAGUAUGAGAAUGGUGCUCACAUGCAAUUUGCAGCAUCGGAUGCCCAAGACCUGCCGCUCAACACCUUCACGGCACAAAGAGAAUCUGGGCUCUUCUAUCACUGCCUGAAGCGGCGAGAGGGUGCCCGGCAUUUGGAUCUACCCUGCAAACGCUCUUAUCUGGAAGCCUCCUCUUCUGUCGGGGAAGAGCACUAUUUCCGAUCACCACCUCCGUACGAGCAGCAAAUAUUGAGCCCGUCUUACUGCAGUGACGUGACGUCGCGGGAUGCCUGCAUGUACUCUAGCUCCAGUGCCGAAAUGGCAGGCGUCUCAUCAGUAGAAGAUUUGCCUCCUCCUCCUCCUCCGCCGCCGCCUUUGAGCUGCAAUAUGUGGACUUCGGUUGCACCUUACACCAGCUACAGCGUUCAGACAAUGGAAACUGUCCCCUAUCAGCCUUUCCCUGCUCACUUCACUGCUACCACCAUGAUGCCGCGCCUCCCCACCAUCACGACUCAGAGUUCCCAGCCACCAGGCAACAGCCCCUUCACGGUCUACAAUCAGCUGUCACCGUCUCAGGUCAGGGAGAGAGUUCCCGCGUCGUCCUUCCCAAGGGAAAGGGUGCAUCCCUCCGUGUGUGAGAGGAAGCCCCCCUCUCCCCACUUAGGCACAGCCAAUGAGUUUCUUUACUCUCAGACCUUCUCGCUCUCCAGGGAAUCUUCUUUACAGUAUCAUUCGGGAAUGGGGUCUGUGGACAACUGGACUGAUGGAUGACUCCUACAGCUGAGCAGUGAACAUAAAAAUUAUGGUUAAGAGUUGAUGUUCCGGGACAAUUUUAAAUCAGUGUUAAUACCUGUGGGCAACUUGCACUUCCCUGACACUGACAGAAAUUUGCAUUUCCAUAGGUGUUUGUGUAGCUGAAGAGCUUGUAUUCUGUUAGACACAAAAGCAGCUCCAUUCGGAGAGGGGGUAAGAACCCAGUUCUGAGCAAAAGAGCUCUCGGCUUAAUGGCUUAGUCCCACCAGUCAUAUUGUCAAGUGAAGUAUUUGUCUCUUAGAGAAAUGUAUUCCUCACUGAAAUCACGAAAGAUGUAUUCCCUCCCUUUACAAACGAAGAAACUGAAAAGAAAUAUACACCACAGAUUGUUCAGUGAAUAUCCCUCAAUUUCCUGGCAUUUCUGAAACUUUUUACAAAAUAACGCAGAGAGAGAACACAUAGAAAAAAUGGGGUCUAUAACCCAGAGGCCAUUUAAGGAGAUUAAAUAUUAUACUGCCAUCUUGGCUCCAUCAAGGCAGUUUUGGAUGCAAAAAACGGCACCAAUAAGGGAAAAGUUUUUUCAAGGGGUGGGUUUACCUUUUAAUAACUUUUUUCUCUCACCUGCCCUGGCUUUAAAAGUGCUUUUUGCUUUCUCUUCCACUAAGUGAAAGAGAGCUCCUUGGGGUGACUGUUGUCUGAUCAUCAUUAUUUUCCUCCUGAAGGCACGGGGGCAGUACUGUGUCUCUGGCUAAAAGAGAGAGUGCUGUCUCAGCAGUGCCUUCUGGGAGGAAAAUAAUGGCAGAGGGCCACUGGCCACCCCAAGGAGCAUGCCCUUUCCCUCUCCAUACAGCAGGGAGACAGCAUUUUUAAACUGGAAAAAGGAAAUAAGGUAUUAAAUGGCAGCCUCCUGUUCUGAAAUGGUUCAGGGUUAUAGUUGGCCCUAUUAAAAAAUCAAGUAAAGAUGGCCACUUCUGUCACUAAUAACCCAGUAGGGUUAAGCAUACAAACCAGGAACACAAUUCUCUGAAUUUCUUUGGCAGAAAUCCCACUGUAAUGAAGAUGAUUCCCAGUAUUCCAGAGCAGCUUUUGCUGGGGGUGGUGAUGGAAUCUGGCUGAAUUUCCCCUUAUGUCUCUUGCUCCCAGCUAGCCUGCCCAGAGAACCUCACUACAGAUUAAUUGCAACCAGUUUUAAAUAUGAAAGCUGUGAGUUUAGUAAAAUCAAAGGAUACUAUAUUUCAGACCAACUUUAGUCCAGAAUGACACAUUACCAGAAACUUGGGCUUGCCGCUGAAAAUGGCAACCUUGUGGCAGGUUCUCCAUGCUCCCUCCAAAAGUAGCCUCACGGCAUAAAGACAGAAAAAGAGCCCCACUGGAUCAGGCCAAAGGCCCAACUAGUUCAACAUCAUGUCCUCACAGUGGCCAACCAGAUGCCUUUGGGAA